CCCGGGAGGCGGCGGCGGGGAGGGGAGAGGCUUUGAGAGGCGAGGCCGGGUGAAGCGGCUAGGGCGGCCCGACGGGCGCGGGACGGGACGGGGCAGCGCGGGCGCCUGGAGCUGCGGCCCGGAGUCGGGGCGCCUCGCCCCGGGCCCCCUCAGCAUGAAGACCCCGGCGGACACAGGGUUCGCCUUCCCAGACUGGGCCUACAAGCCAGAGUCGUCCCCCGGCUCGAGGCAGAUCCAGCUGUGGCACUUCAUCCUGGAGCUGCUGCGCAAGGAGGAGUACCAGGGCGUCAUUGCCUGGCAGGGGGACUACGGGGAGUUUGUCAUCAAGGACCCCGAUGAGGUGGCUCGGCUCUGGGGCGUCCGCAAGUGCAAGCCCCAGAUGAAUUACGACAAGCUGAGCCGGGCCCUGCGUUAUUAUUACAACAAACGCAUCCUGCACAAAACCAAGGGGAAACGGUUCACCUACAAGUUCAACUUCAACAAACUGGUGCUGGUCAACUACCCUUUCAUCGAUGUGGGCUUGGCAGGGGGCGCUGUGCCCCAGAGCGCCCCACCUGUGCCCUCGGGUGGCACCCACUUCCGCUUCCCUCCCUCGACGCCCUCCGAGGUGCUCUCGCCCACUGAGGACCCCCGAUCGCCACCGGCGUGUUCUUCCUCCUCCUCGUCCCUCUUCUCGGCUGUGGUGGCCCGACGCCUUGGCCGAGGCUCAGUCAGUGACUGCAGUGAUGGCACAUCUGAGUUGGAGGAGCCUCUGGGAGAGGACCCGAGGGGUCGACCACCCGGCCCUCCAGAACUGGGCGCAUUUCGAGGGCCCCCUCUGGCCCGCCUGCCCCAUGACCCAGGCGUUUUCCGUGUCUAUCCCCGGCCCCGGGGUGCCCCGGAGCCCCUGAGCCCCUUCCCCGUGUCUCCUCUGGCUGGGCCUGGCUCCCUGCUCCCCCCUCAGCUCUCGCCGGCUCUCCCCAUGACGCCCACCCACCUCGCCUACACCCCUUCACCCACGCUGAGCCCCAUGUACCCUAGUGCUGGGGGAGGCCCCAGCGGCUCAGGAGGGGGCUCCCACUUCUCCUUCAGCCCCGAGGACAUGAAACGGUACCUUCAGGCCCACACCCAAAGCGUCUACAACUACCACCUCAGCCCCCGCGCCUUCCUGCACUACCCUGGGCUGGUGGUGCCCCAGCCCCAGCGCCCUGACAAGUGCCAGCUGCCACCCAUGGCACCUGAGACCCCUCCAGUCCCCUCUUCAUCCUCAUCCUCCUCUUCCUCCUCCUCCUCCCCGUUCAAGUUUAAGCUCCAGCCGCCCCCACUAGGACGCCGGCAGCGUGCAGCUGGGGAAAAGGCUCCGGUGGCCACUGACAAGAGUGGCAGCGUCGGCACAACCGGGCUGGCAGAGGGGGUGGGGGCCCUGGUCCCCCCGCCGCCACCCCCCCAGAUCAAAGUGGAGCCCAUCUCAGAGGGCGAAUCUGAGGAAGUGGAGGUGACUGACAUCAGCGAUGAGGACGAGGAAGAUGGGGAGGUGUUCAAGACGCCCCGGGCCCCCCCUGCGCCCCCCAAGCCCGAGCCUGGCGAAGCCCCCGGGGCAGCACAGUGCAUGCCUCUCAAAUUGCGCUUUAAGCGGCGCUGGAGUGAAGACUGUCGCCUGGAAGGGGGUGGGGGCCCCACUGGGGGCCUAGAGGACGAGGGUGAGGACAAGAAGGUGCGUGGGGAGGGACCUGGGGAGGCUGGGGGUCCCCUCACACCUAGGAGGGUGAGCUCUGACCUCCAGCAUGCUACAGCCCAGCUUUCUCUGGAGCAUCGAGAUUCCUGAGGGCUGUGGGCAGGGGACCCUUGUUCCCCCUACCCCUGAGCUUCUUUUGCUGCCUUAACCCCCCAUGCCCUGGAGGUGAGGGCAGCCCUUUGGUCUCCAUGCCUCUCUCUUUCCCUUCCCCAGGUUUUGUAUACAACUUUUAAUUUUUUUUUUUUUUAAUGGUGAGGGUGGGUGGGUGCUCAGGGCUGGGGUCUGUCCCUGUCUGUGGGUUUCUAAGCUCUGGGCAGAGUGGUGGUGGGAGGUGGGUGGGUGGGUGGGUGGGGGGAAUUAAAAAGGGGGCACCUCCAUUCUGGGGAAUUUAUAUUGAACCGAGGCUGUGGCCUCACCGCCCAGGAACUUUUUUUUAUUACAAUCACUUAGGAAGUAAAGCCUUGUCUCCCUCCCUGUCCUCUCGCCUCCUGCGCCGCCCACCCCCAAUCCUCACCCCACCAUCCUCUGCUCUGAUCCUGCCUUCCCUGCCCCUCCAGGGGCCUCGAGUGCCUGGGUUUCUCAUACCCCACAAAGUUGCAGCAGGGGAGGGAGGGAGAUUUUACGAUGAACCAAAAAUUCUGUGUGUUGGGGAGGGAGGAGCAGGGGGGAUGGAGGAGGAUGAGGGGUGCCACCCAGAGGCCACAGAUCUCUCUACAAAGUGCCUGCUAUCCGUCUCCCACUCCCCACCCCAGCACCAGUCCACCCCCUUCACCCCCAGCUGCUCCUAGGACUAGCCCACAGGCAGGCGGGGGUGGGUGAGUGGGGAAGGGGUGUCCUGAAACCAAACUGGAAUCCCCCUCUGCCUCCCAGCUGGGGUCUCUGGGGUGGUGGUCUAUGGUCAAGCCUUAUUCUGUAUUGGGGACUUAAGGGUGGGGGUGGGGAGCGAAGCUGGGGAGCUGCUGGAGAAUGUAUUCAAAACAAUAAAACUUUGGACCUUU